AUGGCCGCUUCCAAUGGCUUCGUUGACGGCGUAGCCACUCCCAUUCCUUCCGAAUCGGCAUUGAUCUUUCUCGGCACCGGUUGUUCCAGCAUGGUUCCCAAUCUCAUGUGUCUCCUUCAACCUUCCAACCCUCUCUGCUCCGUCUGCGUCCAGUCAUUGUCCAUCCCUCCUGAAAGAAACCCUAAUUACAGGUGCAACACGUCUCUCCUGAUUGACUACUGCGGCGACGCCAACGAUCACAAGUAUAUAUUGAUCGAUGUUGGCAAGACCUUCAGGGAGACCGUGCUUAGGUGGUUCGUUUCCCAUCGGAUUCCGAGAGUUGAUUCUAUUCACAAUAUUAUUAGGAGACUUGGUCUGUCAGACGAGUGCAGAGAGUCAAAGGAAGAAGGUUUUUCUCCAUCACAAAUUAUUUUAACACAUGAACAUGCCGAUGCAGUCCUUGGAUUGGAUGAUAUACGUGCUGUGCAGCCUUUUAGUCCAACAAAUGAUAUUGAUCCCACACCCAUAUACCUAAGUCAGCAUUCAAUGGACAGCAUAGCAGAGAAGUUUCCUUAUUUGGUUCGGAAAAAGCGUAAGGAAGGAGAAGAAAUACGAAGGGUGGCUCAAAUUGACUGGAACAUUAUUGCUGAUGAUUGCAACCAGCCUUUUUCUGCAUCGGGAUUAAAAUUCACUCCUUUACCAGUUAUGCAUGGAGAGGAUUACAUAUGUUUGGGCUUUCUUUUUGGUGAGAAAACCAGGGUGGCUUAUAUAUCUGAUGUUUCCCGGUUUCCUACUAGUACAGAGUAUGUCAUCUCGAAAAGUGGAGCUGGACAGUUGGAUCUUCUUAUAUUGGAUUCAUUGUAUAAGACUGGAUCACACAAUGUUCACCUUUGUUUUCCACAGACUCUAGAAACUGUGAAGAGAUUGUGUCCAAAGCAAACACUACUUAUUGGUAUGACUCAUGAGUUUGAUCAUCAUAAAGACAAUGAGUUUUUAAAGGAGUGGUCCAAAAGGUUAAAGCAUGUGACAAUGUACACCGCAUACUGUGAUCUUAGUGGCAUGUUUGAUAUGACAAUGAUAACUUAUUUUGAUGGAAAUCCAGAUUCUUCUGAUCAAACUCAAACAACACAAGACCAUGCAGAAGGAAACAACCAGUUGAAUUCCUCAAACCAAUUUGGAAGCUUUCUAGAAAGCAACUUCAAAUUGAUGGAAGCUUCGGAUGACCUAGUUCAUGGUCUCAAACACUUUUCCUUAACCACUGUGAGCCUUGGUUGUGUUCAGAGCACUAUAUUUAGGAGCAUCCAUGGAAAUAUGAUCAUAUGGUAUGGAGCAUGGCCGAGGCAGUCGAGUAAGGAAAAAGAGGAGUUGACCUUAACCCUUAAAUCAAUGUUAAGCAACAACAUAUCUACCAUGGCUGUGUUAACGGACCACAGUUUCCUUGAAGCAUAUGGUGGAGAAUCAAGAGAUGGCUCUUCAACUGCAAAAUUUUCCACUGGGGACAUAAUAUCCUUGAACUCAGCUGUCACCACUACCAAUGACCUUAAUGACCUCUGCUACGCUGUCCUAGCAAUUUUAAGGUCUCGCUUUGCCAAAAUGGAAGGCACAACCUCUGGCCUUUGCUUAAAGGGACAAAGCAAACCCAGAAUGGUGUGCAUUCAUGUCUGGAAGUCUCUUCAUUUUUGUUAUUCAUGGAUUCUCAACUCUGACCAAAGAAAAUGGAUGAUGCCAUAUCUUGAACGUUUUUCCAUUGAGAUGAAGUAUGACAUUUUCAGAGUAGUCUAUGUUAGUGGUGACAAUGUGGUUGAUCUUAACUGUAUUUCUACUCAUCAGAUGUUAGAAAAUGAGAAAGAGAGUAGUAGGAAAGGGCAGGUUCUACAGAACUGA